AUGAGGGAAAAGGGCCGUAGGAAGAAGGGCAGGACCUGGGCGGAGGCCGCCAAGACGGUCUUAGAAAAAUACCCCAAUACACCCAUGAGUCAUAAAGAAAUUCUUCAAGUUAUCCAGAGAGAAGGACUAAAAGAAAUCAGAAGUGGGACUUCCCCUCUUGCAUGCCUGAAUGCAAUGCUGCAUACAAACUCCCGAGGUGAAGAGGGCAUCUUCUAUAAGGUUCCAGGUAGAAUGGGAGUAUAUACUUUGAAGAAGGAUGUGCCGGAUGGGGUGAAAGAGCUAUCAGAAGGUUCGGAAGAAAGCAGUGAUGGUCAGUCAGACUCCCAGAGUUCUGAGAACAGCGGCAGCAGCAGUGAUGGUGGCAGCAACAAGGAGGGGAAAAAGAGCAGGUGGAAAAGGAAAGUAUCGUCUAGACUGUCACAGCCAUCUUCUCCCCAGUCAGGCUGCCCAUCACCUACCAUUCCAGCAGGUAAAGUCAUUUCUCCAUCACAGAAGCACAGCAAGAAGGCACUAAAGCAGGCUCUAAAACAGCAACAGCAGAAGAAGCAGCAACAGCAGUGCAGGCCGAGCAUGUCCAUCUCCUCCAGCCAGCCUCUCUCUCUGAAGACUGUCAAAGCAGCCAGUGACUCUGUACCUGCCAAACCUGCAAUAUGGGAAGGAAAGCCAUCUGACGGGCAGUCGGGCAGCCCUCAAAACUCAAACUCUAGUUAUUCUUGUUCAGUUCAAGUGGAAAAUCCCUUGCUGGGCUUGGGGAAGAAGUCAUUCCAGAGGUCUGACAGGCUCCACACAAGGCAAAUGAAAAGGACUAAGUGUGCUGAAAUUGAUGUUGAGACACCAGACUCCAUUCUGGUUAAUACAAAUCUACGAGCACUGAUCAACAAGCACACCUUUUCAGUCCUUCCUGGAGAUUGCCAACAGCGACUGCUUUUACUCCUUCCAGAGGUGGAUCGACAGGUUGGUCCCGAUGGUCUGAUGAAGUUAAAUGGCUCAGCCCUUAACAAUGAGUUCUUCACUUCAGCAGCCCAAGGCUGGAAGGAAAGACUCUCAGAAGGUGAGUUUACACCUGAGAUGCAAGUGAGAAUUCGACAAGAGAUUGAGAAGGAGAAAAAAGUAGAGCCAUGGAAAGAACAAUUCUUUGAAAGCUACUAUGGUCAGAGUUCUGGUCUGAGCCUUGAGGAUUCAAAGAAAUUGACAGCCUCGCCCAGCGAUCUCAAAGUAAAGAAAACCCCAGCUGAGCAACCAAAAUCCAUGCUACCUUCAGAGGCCUCACCUGUCAGUAUAGUCCCAGUAAUUUCCCAGUUAGGGUCUAAAGAAGAAGUGGUGCAAAUGCCAUCCCCAGGAAGAAAAGAAGAGCAUGAAAGCCAAGAUAUGGUGCAGCCAAACCCCAAAUCCACAGAGCCCCUACUUCCCUCAGCAAGCAAUACACAAGAGCUUAGCAGCCUUCUUCCCAUCAAGUGCCCAAAGGAUGAUGAUCUCUUGGAGCAGAAGCCAGUUGCCUCUGCUGAACAGGAGUCUGAGAAGGAGAAUCAUCUCACUACUGUUUCUAAUUAUAACAAAGAUGAAGGCCAAGAAGCUUUAGUUACAUCCCCAAACAAACCCAAGAGUCCUGGGGUGGAAAAACCAGUAAUAAAGCCCAUAGCAGAAGCAGGUCCCCAGGAUAUCACUGCGAAAGAACCUCCAUCAGCUCCGGUUGAUCACAGCCCAGAAAGCCUCAAGAGGAAAUCUUGUCUCAUCCAAGAAGAGGCCCCCGUGAGCUGGGAGAAAAGGCCACGUGUCACGGAGAAUCGCCAGUACCAGCAGCCAUUUCAAGUCUCGCCACAGCCCUUUCUCAGUAGAGGGGACAGGAUCCAGGUGCGAAAAGUACCACCUCUCAAGAUCCCGGUCUCCAGAAUCUCCCCCAUGCCUUUUCCUACAUCGCAGGUCUCUCCCAGGGCUCGUUUUCCAGUCUCCAUCACUAGUCCUAACAGAACAGGAGCCAGAACUCUUGCAGACAUCAAAGCAAAAGCCCAGCUGGUCAAAGCACAGAGGGCGGCCGCCGCUGCAGCUGCCGCCGCCGCCGCCGCCGCGGCCUCAGUUGGAGGGACCGUUCCAGGACCUGGCCCCGGGGGCGGACAAGGCCCAGGAGAGGGCGGUGACAGCAAAACCGCUGGAGGAGGGAGGCCAGGCUCAGACAGAGGCCGCGAACCUGGAGAGGCCCCCACCCUGGAGUUGGCAGGAACUGGAAGCGGGGGAGGUACGAGAGAGCUUUUACCCUGUGGGCCAGAGACUCAGCCCCAGUCUGAGACCGAGAGCCCAGACCAGGCACAGCCUCAUGGUGUCUCUGGAGCACAAUUACAGCAAACCCCCUCGGUGCCUCCAACCUCUGCCAGCGGUGGAGCCGGUGCAAGGGCCCCCUCACCAGCCCACACUGACGCGCCCCCACCAGCUGUAGGGAAGCCGGCUAACGAACCCCCGCACCCCCCUAGGGCAGCAGCCGCAGUGGCCUCUCUCCCCCACCCACAAGGCCCCGGGACCUGCAGACUGGAGAAGGCGCCUUCUAUUCCGGCGGGUUCCUCUCUCAUCUCAGGUGCCUCCCCACCUGUUCGUUUUGCAGCCGAUGGCACAGUCGAGCCCAGAGCAGGUUCUGGUAGGAAUAUGCCAGACCCUUCGGCCUCAGCGGAGACAACCGCUAGUACUUCAGCGGCUGUGACUCCCUCUCCUUUAACAUCGUUGUUGACCGCCGCCGCUUUAGAAAAGCUUCCUGUACCCCAGGUCAGUGUAAGUGUAGGGCCUCCGGGAUCAGCUCCGUCCUCGAGCACUUUGCCAGUAGCUUCUAGCCUUAAAACUCCAGGAACUUCUUCAAAUUUGAAUGGACCCAUGCCAAGGCCGAGCUCUAGUAUCCCUGCGAAUAACCCUUUGGUCACUCAGCUGCUUCAGGGCAAAGAUGUUCCCAUGGAGCAAAUUCUGCCUAAACCUCUCACCAAAGUUGAAAUGAAAACUGUUCCACUGACCACGAAAGAGGAGCUGGGGACAGGAGCGCUCACAGGCACUGGCGCUGCAGAAAACGGCGUCAGAGAGGAAGGUGGUGCGAGGCAGCCCCACCCAGCUCUGCAGCAGCUGGGGAGAGCCUUGCAAAGUAAGCAGCUCCCCCAGGUUCCAAGACCCCUUCAGCUCUUUUCGGGUAAGGAACUGAGGGACUCUAGCAUUGACACACACCAGUACCAGGAAGGACUAAGCAAAGCCACCCAAGAGCAGAUCCUUCAGACUCUCAUCCAAAGGGUUCGGAGGCAGAACGUUCUCCCAUUUGUGCAGCCCUCCCAGUUCAACUUCACGCACUCAGGUUUCCAGUUGGAAGACAUCUCCACAAGCCAGAGGUUCAUGCUGGGUUUUGCUGGCAGAAGGACAUCGAAGCCUGCAAUGGCAGGUCACUACUUACUUAACAUUUCCACCUAUGGCCGGGGUUCAGAGAGCUUUAGGAGGACCCAUUCUAUAAACCCUGAAGACCGUUUGUGUCUAAGUAGCCCCACGGAGGCCUUGAAAAUGGGAUACACAGACUGUAAAAAUGCAACAGGAGAUAGUAGCAGUGGCAAAGAAGAAGAUACCGAUGAGGAAAGUUCCAGUGAUGAGCAAGAAUCCAUCAUGGUGAAGGAGGAGCCCCAGGCUGCCCAGGGCCCUGGCAAGUGUGAAGCAAGUUCGGGACCCCACAGUAGAGAAGCCCUAGCCACCAAUGAUUGUUCAGCAAAAAAGAAUGUGAAGGCGGAGAUACCAGUGCAUGAGCAAACCACUUUAAGCAAGGAGAAUUACCUGUUCACGAGAGGCCAAACAUUUGAUGAAAAGACCCUAGCCAGAGAUUUUAUUCAGGCAGCACAGAAACAAAUGGCUCAUGCAGUGAGAGGCAAGACAAUGCGUAGCAGCCCUGAGCUUUUCAAUUCUACUGCUCUUCCUCUGACUGCAGACAGUCCCACCCAUCAGCCUCUCCUCCUUCCACCACUGCAAACCCCGAAGCUGUAUGGAAGCCCCACCCAGAUCGGGCCAAGCUAUAGAGGCAUGAUCAAUGUCUCCACCUCGUCCGACAUGGACCGUAACUCUGCUGUCCCGGGGAUGCCUGACUGUAGCCAGGUGGCUAGCAAUGUAGGUGAUGUCAUGUCCUUUUCGGUGACUGUCACUACUAUCCCUGCUAGCCAAGCGAUGAAUCCCAGCAGCCAUGGCCAGACCAUUCCUGUUCAGGCCUUUCCUGAAGAAAACAGCAUAGAGGACACACCUUCGAAAUGUUACUGCCGAUUGAAAGCCAUGAUCAUGUGCAAGGGGUGUGGAGCAUUCUGCCACGAUGAUUGCAUUGGCCCCUCGAAACUGUGUGUCUCCUGCCUUGUCGUUCGGUAACGAGACUAGAAAGAGAACACGCUGUAAAGGAAGCAGGGAGGGAAGGGUUGAUGAGAUGUGUUUUUUGCGUCCUUUCGGAAUCACAGAAAUAAAUUAAGUAGGUUUCAGUUGUCUUAAGAGACAGACGUUACUUAAUCAGGAAUACAGAGUACAGAUCUUAUAUUUUAGAGGAAGAGCACCUUGUAUAGUAAGUCUAGGUCAAGCAAGACUUUGUGAAUUUGUGACAAGUUUGCACUUACAAAAUCAUGUAAAUAUGUCACAUUUUGUUUUAACAUUGUUUUCCCAAGUGUUUAGGUAAUGAUGUGUUUGAAUUCAGAUUUAUGUUCCACUUCACGUGACUGAGAAAAGUUUAAUGCCAUGCAUGGUUAAAGGAAGC